AUGGCACCCAGAACUCCCCCUCCUCCUAUUCCCAACCCAGACAACUCUCACUUGGUUGGAACCAUCGAGGCAAUGAUAACAGCCAUGCAGCAGCAGAAUGCUAACAUGGUGAAUCAGCAUAACUUGGCCUUGCAGCAGAUGGAGUCUACAAGGUUAGCAGUAGAGGCAACUCAGCAGAGGCAUUUGGAAGCCCUGCAUCAGAUGGGAGAAAAUCGUUCCGCAGUUGGACCUUCCCAAGCUCCACCACCACAAGUACAAGAGUGGAGUUUGGAGGACUUUCUCCAACACCAUCCAUCCCGCUUCGAUGGUAAGACUAGUCUUGAUGGAGCAGACCAGUGGAUGAGAGACAUGGAGCGGAUUUACGACGCCAAGAGGUGUCCUACAGAGAAUAGACUGGCAUAUACAGAGUACCUGCUUGCUGGAGAGGCUAUCCACUGGUGGUCGAGUAUGAAGAUGAUGCUAGAGGACAGUAGGGAGACUGUCACCUGGGAGCUGUUUAAGAAAAAGUUUUAUGCUGAGUACUUCCCAGACAGUGUGAGGUACGCCAAGGAGGUCGAGUUCUUACAGCUGAUGCAAGGGGAGAUGUCAGUGUCUGAAUAUGCAGAAAAAUUCAAGCACUUGGGAAGAUAUCAUACCUUGAGGAUGGCAGAAGACUGGCAGUGUAGGAAAUUUGAGAAUGGGUUGAGGGGUGACCUCAAACUCAUGGUAGCCCCUCUCUCUAUUCAGGAAUUCCCUGCUUUAGUGGAGAAGGCAAGGGUAAUGGAGAAGCUGAAAGCUGAAGUUGAGGCUCAGCAACGAUCCCAGCAGAAGGUGGGAGGACCAUCUGGGUCCGUGAACAGACGGGAUGAUAGGAGGAGGCCAUACUCCAGGCCUCACCCCCAGGAGCCUAGGAGAUUCUCGCAUCAGCCACAGCAGCCUCAGUCUUCCAGGCCGCAGUGUUAUCAUUGUGGAGGGCCCCACGUGAAGAAUGCCUGCCCUCAAUUGGUGGGCAAGAGGACUUGUCACAGGUGUGGUCAGGAGGGUCACUUUAUCCGAGAGUGCCCCACCGGUAGGGGUGCAGUUUCUAGGCCUUCGGCACAGUCUCAGUCACAGUAG